AAAGCCGUUAUUCGGCGUGUUCAGGGUAGCUUUAUCAGGCCCCCAUGGACGCCGUUGCUUCUGUUGUUCGGUCUCCUUGCGAUCCUGACCCUUCAAAUAUUCUCGACCGACACCGUCUUUUCGGUACGGUGGAUAACCGGAUUGCCUGGAGCCGACGACGGAUCGUCCCGCCCCCGUGACGUUUUGGGUGACGAGAGGAGCUGCGUGGGGUUUUUUGGAGCCGUGCCGAGGAGAAAGGUAGUGAUGUCGAUAGCGGAUUUCGGGGGAGUUGGCGAUGGGAGAACGUCAAACACCGAAUCGUUUCGGAGGGCGGUACGGUACAUGCAGGGUUUCGGAAACAAAGGUGGGUCCCAGCUGAACGUGCCGAAGGGGAGGUGGCUUACGGGGAGCUUCAACCUCACGAGCAAUUUCACGCUGUUUCUCGACGAGGGCGCUGUAAUUCUUGGUUCCCAGGACCCAGAAGAGUGGCCUAUAAUAGCGCCAUUGCCUUCUUAUGGAAGAGGGAGAGAGCGACUAGGAGGAAGACAUAUAAGCCUCGUACAUGGAGAUGGUCUCACUAAUGUUGUCAUUACAGGGGCAAAUGGAACAAUUGACGGCCAAGGGAAGAUGUGGUGGGACCUAUGGUGGAAUAAAACAUUAGAGCACACAAGAGGCCACCUCAUUGAGCUAUUGAACUCUAACAACGUUCUCAUUUCAAAUCUCACCUUCCUCAAUUCUCCAUUUUGGACCAUUCAUCCCGUUUACUGCAGUAAUGUUGUUAUCAAAGGCAUGACAAUCUUGGCUCCUCUCAACGCACCAAAUACUGAUGGUAUCGAUCCAGACUCGAGCAACAAUGUGUGCAUUGAAGACUGUUACAUUGAGAGUGGGGAUGAUCUUGUUGCAGUGAAGAGUGGUUGGGACCAAUAUGGAAUCGCCAUUGCCCGUCCAAGCGCAAACAUCAUUGUCAGGAGAGUUUCCGGCACCACACCAACCUGCUCUGGGGUUGGAAUAGGUAGUGAGAUGUCUGGUGGAAUUUCAAAUGUAAUUGUUGAGGAUUUGCAUGUUUGGGAUUCAGCUGCUGGAGUGCGUAUAAAGUCAGACAAAGGUAGGGGAUAUAUAGCAAAUGUCAGUUUUAGUAACAUAAUCCUGGAAAGAGUCAAGAUACCCAUUAGAUUUAGCAGAGGCUCUAAUGACCACCCUGGUGAAGGAUGGGAUCCCAAAGCUGUUCCUAAAGUAAAGGGCAUUUUCAUAAGUAACAUGGUUAGUUUAAAUUCAACAAAAGCCCCCGUGCUGGAGGGCAUUGAGCAUGCAUCAUUUGAAGAUAUAUGCUUAACAAAUGUUACGCUUCUUGGUAUCUCUCGGUCCACAGCAUGGAAGUGUGAAUUUGUUUCAGGGUUUGCCAGUGAAGUGUUCCCAGUGCCAUGUGCUCAGUUGCAGCACAAGGGAUCUUCAUCUUGGUGUUCAUACUCAUAGCUUUUUUUGGAUACUUCCAGAUUCGUAUAUUCAGAAAAAUUAGGUUUAUUUGAAGGGGUUUCACUUGAACUACUCAGCAAUCCUGCGUUGAGAGAUUUAAAUCAACGAUCUCAUUUUGGGCAUGACUGCAUUUGCAUCGUGCAGUUCAUAUGAAUUUGUUUUCCUGAUAUGGGUACGGUGAGAUAUCCUGCUGGUUUACUAAAGAGUUUGAUAGAGCACUGAAGAUUCAAUGUCAGCCUUCGAAGGUUUUAUCUGAUGAUAUCUGGGUUUUUUAUGGCGAGUUCCAAUUGCAAUUUCUUCUUGGAUUCUAUUGUUGUUUUGCUGUUACCCACAUACUACACAUUCAACAUUGAGAGAGACACAUAGAGAGAGCUAGGCUGAACUUGUACAGAAAAUGCAUAGAAGAAAUGUAACAUGUAUAGCACUGAUAAUUCUUUUCACUGAUACGAAGUUCAUGUUAUUAUUUC